AUUUUAAAUGAAAAAUAGGAAACAAACGUGUAUGAGAUUCAUAUUGACUUGACUAAUAUUGAUAAAUUAAAUGAGAGAAUCAGGCAAUGAGCUUAAAACAUUAACAUAUUAACAUUUUGGUGAAAUUCAGUUCCGUUUCUCAUUGAUAAUUGAGCCGACUUUGGAAAAAAGGGAUUCUGGUAAAAGGCAAAAAAGCAAAUAUGGUAAAAUAUUAUCCUGUCUUGACAACUGGCAACUUUUUGCCGUUGCAUUUAAUAUCCUUUAACGUAGAUCUUUAACGUAAUCAUUAUUAUCUUGGUAAAAGUAAUUUUUGAAUCAGUUUAUCCACAUACAUCAACUAAAUAAAUUAAUUUAUUAACUUAAAUUUGUGAUAUUUUCAAAUAUUUGAUUUGAUUCAAAUUGAAUUAAUUUAUUAAAUUGGUAUUUAUUAUAUUGGUAUUAUUUACAUUGGUUUAUUAUUACAUUCAGAAAAAUAAGCAAAAUGGCCAAAAAAGUAACUUUCAAUCAGAUCGAAUGGCCAGUUGAGGUUAUGCAUUCAGCAAAGAUUGAUGGGAAAAUGUAUGACAAGGUUAGGGCUGAGUGGUAUUCCAAACAGCGCGUUGUUUAUGAUGACGGUCGUCCACCUCUAAUGGUGGACAGAGAUCCCGAAACUUAUACGAUUGAAGAGCUAAAAAAACAAACAUUAGAGCUUCGUGCUGAGAAAAGAGGGAAAGUAACUCAUCAGUGUCCCUGGUGUUUUAGGACAUUUCCUUUGGGCCGAAGUGACUUGGCUAAGCGUCAUUUGAAUGGUGAUGCAAGGCGACGUACUGGUUGUACUACCUGGAAAGUAACCGCCAAUGAGGAUUGCUCAUUACCUUCAACUCGUCGUUUGAUUUCAUUUAAAAAUAAAUAGAUUCAAAUUUUAA